AUGUUGCAUCUCAUCUCUCAAACACUAUCGAGGGAUAGAGAGAAGAAGGCCAAAGUGCAGAAGGCAAGGAAGACAAUUCUGCCGGGCUCGGACAGCGAGGGUGCCGGCGGUGAGGCUGCUGGAACACUCGCCCGCUCGGAUCUGAGGUUCAAGACGCAGCGGGCUCUUGACCGCAAGGCUAAGGCCGCAGAGAAGAAGGCCGCGGAGAAGAAGGCUGCAGAGAAGCAAGCGCAAAGGAACAAGACAAUUCAGCCAGAUAUGGACUUGAUUAUUCCUUCGGAUGAUACCAGUGUCUUUACAUCAGACCAGUCUGGUUCGCUCACUCUGAGAGGCGAGAAGGAGACGAAAAACAACACAGAGCAUUUCAAGGCAGAACCAAGCCCCUUCUCUACCACUCGAUUCCUCCUACACUUAGUUUAG